CUUAACUUGAAAUAUUGUGUGGUUGGAGUGAUGAUGAUGAAUGGUGUAGUUUAUGCGGUGUUGAUGGUGCAGUUACUUGCAUGGACCAGCAGUGCAGUGGCGGUGCCAAGUGGGAAGUGCAUUGAGAGUGAAAGGCAAGCUCUGCUUUCUCUCAAACGUGGCUUCAAUGUGAGCGAUGAUGAUGAUUGGCUGUCUUCAUGGGGAGAUGGGGAGCAGCAGAAGGAGUGUUGCAACUGGGAAGGCGUCAACUGCAGCAACAGCACAGGCCAUGUUGUCAUGCUUCAUCUUCAUGGUGAUGGUUACACUCGUGGAUCCAUAAGCCCAUCACUCAAUAAUAAGUUGUCGGGAACAAUACCAACCUGGAUUGGAGAUAAUAUGCCAAAGCUACUUGUACUUAUCUUACAUUCCAAUAAUUUUCAUGGUAACAUUCCAUUAAGCAUGUGCAAUCUUCAUGAACUCCAUGUCUUGGACCUCUCUCUGAAUAUUCUGUCUGACAGUAUACCUAAAUGCAUAAGUAAUCUGUCUGCUAUGGCCACUCAAGCAAAUUCAAAUCCAACCAUUAUUGAUUACUAUCAUUAUGAGUAUGUCAGUGUUUAUAGGCGUACUGACGCUGCUGUACGUAAAUUUUCCGGAGUUUAUAAUGAUAGCGCAUCACUGACAUGGAAAGGGAAAAUGUCAAAAUAUGGAAGCACCCUGGGAUUGUUGAGAAGUAUUGAUUUCUCCAGCAAUGGGUUAACAGGGGAAAUACCAAGUGAGAUGAUGAAUCUUAUUGGCUUGGUUUCUUUAAAUCUUUCAAGAAACUUGUUUAGUGGACACAUUCCUCCGACUGUUGGACAGCUGAAGUCAAUAGAUUUUCUUGAUCUAUCCAGAAAUCAUUUGUCAGGAACAAUUCCUUCACAACUUGCUCAGAUUGACCGUCUCAGUGUUCUUGAUUUGUCAUACAAUGAUUUAUCUGGAGAAAUUCCACUUGGCGCACAACUUCAAACUAGGGAUGCAUCUGCUUAUGCAGGAAAUCCAAAACUUUGUGGUGCUCCUCUCAACAAUACUUGUCCCAUUCGUGGUCACCAGAUCAGUGAACAUGAUGCUGAUGGUGAUGAUGAACAAUUUGUAACCGAGGGAUUCUACAUUGCUGUGGCUGUUGGAUUUGUUAUGGCAUUUUGGGGAGUUUGCUUCUCAUUGAUUUUGAAGAAAUCUUGGAGAUAUGCUUAUUUCAAGUUGUUGAGUGAUGUCUAUGACAAGCUCUAUGUAUUUGUUGCAAUUAAGGUGGCCAAAUUAAAAAGGAUCAUAUCUCAAGUAUGAAGGCAAAAGAGUACACCGUAUCUUGUGUUGAAAAUUAGAAGAGCUUUGUUUGUGAUACAGCCAGAAUCUUCAUGCAUGUGUAUCCAUUUGUUAGUGAUGCUGUUAAUAUAGUAAGUGUUAUGUUUGCAUAUUUUAGCCCUGUUUAGGUUUUCUGCUGUAGCUGCAGAGUGGAGUGUGAAGAGGAUGCUUUUUCAUAUUUCACCUAUAUUGCAUAAUAUUUGUUAUAUGGGUAAUGGGUGUGAUUGUGAAACUUGGCCUUGUUUUAUUGCUGUCAUUUAUUUUCAGGGACGAUGUUAAGUGUUAGUUACUAUGGAAGUGCUUAUGGACUUGUGGUAGUUCAGUUUUUGUUCGGU